AUGAAACCAGUUUCUGCAAAAGUGAAGAUGAUCUUCAACAAAUCUAGUGAAGCAAAAGUGCCAAAACUUCUGCUUGAUUUCUUAUUACAAGAUGCUGCUUCACAACUUUCAAGAGAACAGUAUAUCAGUAUAUUGAAUUUAAGUAAAUCAUUUGAAAGAAUGGAAAUAAACAGACGCUUUGCCAAAUAUCAAUGUAAUGUUCCUGUUCAUGGCCAUGCUAAGGAAUGGUGGCAUUAUGCAUAUACUGCAAUUGUAGAAGAAUAUAUCCGUCCUUAUUCUUGGCAAAGAAUUAAAGAACAUAGAAAAAGAUACAGAAGGUAUAAAGAAAUGUAUAAACAGAAACUUUCGUAUCCUACCAAUACUGAAAUUCGUCUUGAUGUGCAGCUUUUAGAAGAUCAUAUGGAUAUAGCAAAUAUUUUAAUGGCAAGAGAAGAAACAAAAUUAGAGUUUAUUAAAGAACAGCCAGAAAAAACAAUAAUAAGAAAAAGAGAUAAAUCAUGGUGGGAAUCUUGGUUUGGUUCAGAUUCUGAAGAAGAAGAAAAUGAGCUUGAAGUAUUGGGAGAGAGAGAAAAAAGUCUUUGGUCAAGACUUACACAAGAAGAAAAAAAAAAAUUAUAUGAAGCCAUUGGCUAUUUUGAUGAUGAAACUUUAGAAACUUCAAAACAAUAUAUUGCUCAUAAAUUAAAUUUUACUUUGGCAAACUGUACAUUUUCUCUAAUUAAUUUUGAUAAGGAAAUUCUUGUUAUUACAUUAACUCAAUUUGUGACAAGUAUAGAAACAAGACCUUCUAAUAAAGCAUUUAAAAUUUCUGCAAGAACUGAAAGUUUUGUUGUGGAAGGUGCAUCAAUAGAAAAUGAUCUUGUUCCAAUAAUGACAGCUGAUAAUAUUACAAGUGGAUCUAAUCUUGCUCAUGUUUUUGCAUUGGACUUUGAAAAAAAUCCCUUGCAUGAAAAAGCAGACUAUGGAUUAACAAUAAAUGCUGAACCAAUGGAAGUUGUAUACCAUGAGCAUGCUUUAAAAGAAUUAAUUGCCUUCUUCUACAUACCAACUAUUACUUUUGAAGAUUUUAAAAAAGUAACAACUGAAAAGUUACAAUCUUUAGCAGUUAUAACACGUACAGGAUUAGAAUACGCUGUUACAAAUCAUAAGACUGCAUUCCAUUUAAGUAUUGACUUGAAGUCUCCAUAUUUCGUCAUUCCAGAGCAUGGCUCACUUCAAAAAGCCGGUACAAUACUUGUUCUUGAUAUGGGCCGAUUAAUAAUAAACAGUGAUAUUCAACCUGAAUCAACUAUACUUGAGGAAGCAACAAAGAUGGAAAUUGAAGAAAGAUUGUAUGAUCGAUUUAAUAUAGUUCUUUCUGAUUUUCAAAUAUUGUUUGCUGAUUCAGGUGAUGAAUGGAGAAAUGCUAAGCAGUUACCUGAAUCUGAUAUUCAUUUAUUACCUAAAGCAAGAAUUCAAACACUCUUCUCCAAUAGUAUUAAAGCAGAGUAUAAGCAAUUACCUAGGCAAAAACUUAAUGUUUCUCUUCCAAGUUUUAAAUUAAAUUUAUCUGAUAGAAGGAUACAACUCUUAAUGGAAUUUGCUUCUAAUCUACCAAUUAUAAAAUUACAACAAAUAGGUUCAUUGUGUUCAUUUGAUGUUGUUGAUACAAUCACAGAUACAAAUAUAGAUAAUCAACAGUGCAAAUUAGAAUUAAAAGUAUGUGAAUUAAAAAAGAUAAAAUCUUUAAUAACAUCAGAUGCAUCAUCUAAAAUUGUCAAAGAUUCUAGAUCUUCAACAGAAAAUUCAGUAAUUGGUUCUGUUGAACGUUAUUAUUCAACUUCUGAUCAUUCAGAUGAAGAACCUGAAGAAUGGGCAAGAAAAGUUGAUUUACCAGGAUUUGAUGAUAAUAUUUCUCCAAGUAACACCAUCAAUAUUCUUUUACGUUUUCUUAUUGGAGAAGUGGUAGUUCAUUUUGCUCGUUCAAGUGAUCAUAUAGAUAAACCAUAUUUAAUGUUAAGAACUGAAAAGUUGUGUGUUGAUGUUGCAUUAAUGGAAUUUGGUCCAGCUCUUCAAGCAAGCUUGGGAAGAAUACAAUUGGUUGAUAAAUUACAUACAGGUUCAUCGGGGGAAUACUUAGAAUUGAUUAGUUCAAAACAUACAUCUGACAUGAUCACAAUUUUAUAUCGCAAGGUACUUGCUAACUGCCCUGAAUUUAAAAGUCAUUUCCAUCAAGUUGAACAUUCUUUAGUAAUUGACAUUACAACAUUAUACAUAAAUUUUCAUCGUGAAGCAUUUGUAACAUUGGGAAAAUUCUUACAAUAUGCACUCACAAAGAUAAUGCCAAAAGAUUCUGCACUGAAAACACUUUUACCAGAAAUUCCAUCACCUAAUAUUCUGAUGCUGAAUGAAGAAAAUGAUCCUCCAGUUCCUUCUGGUGCUACAAAAUUUAGUAUUUCAGCAAGGGUUGAUACUAUACAGAUAAAGCUAUGUGAUACAGAUAUGGAAUUGGCUGAUUUGAAAAUUGCAGGCUUUGAAUGUGAUUAUGUUUUGAAAGCCAAUGAAAGAAUCAUUCUAAGAAUUGAUUUAACAGAUCUUUCAAUGGAAGAUCUUAUGGAAUCUACUCUGUAUUCUAAGAUACUUUCGAUAGAAGAUGAUAAAGUAUUUGAUUUCAAGUAUGUUAAACAUAGUCCACAUCAUAAUGAAGUUGGAAAUGAUGAAACUGUUUCUCCAUUAGUGGCUAAUGGUACUCUGCGCAUUCGAAUAGGAAGAAUUCAAGUUGUAUUUUUAUACAGAUUUUUUGCUGAAGUACAGAGAUUUUUUGAACCUUUUAUUCAACCAGAAUUUACAUCAAUGGCUAAAAAGUCUGCAGAAAAUGCAUUACAGGAACAAGUACUAGAAUAUAAAAAGAGUGGUUUAAGAUUGCAGUUAUCAAUUGAUAUCCAUGCCCCAACUGUUUUACUUCCUCAAAAGUCAAGUUCACCUAAUUUACUUCUUUUGAAUUUGGGAGAUUUGAGUAUAGAAAACUUUUUUAAAGAAGUUCAGAUAGCUAACAAUCAAUAUUUUAUUGACAAUAUUCUUUUUAGAUUAAACUCUUUACAAAUGUCAAGAGCUAUUAUUCUUUUGGAUGGAAAUAUGGAAAACCAAGAGGCAAUUUUAGAACCAAUGAAAUUACGUUUGGAUAUAAAAAGAUCUUUACCUCCUUAUCAUAGGGAUAUAUUAUUUUAUGACAUAAGAGGUAGUAUGGACAUUAUAAAAAUGUCAAUUGGACAAAGGGAUCUCAGUACUUUGAUUGCUGUUUAUAAUGAAAACUUUUCUGAAGGUGAUUUACCAGAAACGUAUAAAAUAUUAUCAUCACCAACUUCACCAAUGGAAUCACAUACUCCAACUGUAAAUGAAGAUUCUGUAAAAAAACUUGAAGCAUUUUUAAGUAUAUCAAAUGAAGUUUAUAAAGAAACUAGUGUUACCUUUGUAUUGGAAGGAAUGUCACUAACACUUUAUACAGACAUUGAAGAAAUGUUUUCUUCACCAAUACGUGAUCCAAUACAUGCUCUAUCAAAAUUUGAACUAGAUGAAGUAAAUAUUUCAAUUGAAAUGUAUAGUGAUAAAGCUUUAGAAUUGAAAUGCACAUUGCAAGCUGCUACUUUGGAAGAUGUUAGGUCUGAAAGUCCAUUAUGUGUGAAAAAGAUAUUCCAGUCCUAUAGUGGAGAUUCGCAAAGUGGUGUGGCAGGAAUUAGCAUCAGUAUGCCUCCAAUGAUUGAUCUAACGUAUCGUCAUACAGGAAAUGGUGAUGCUGCAGUGGAUGUUCAUGUUGAAAAGACACGUUUAAAUGUGUCUGUUCCAUAUAUCCUUGCAAUAUUUAAAUACAUUUAUGAUGCAUUACCUGAUCAAUAUGGAAAAGAAAUUAAGAGUGAUGAAUUAGACCCUCCUAAUAUUGCAGUACAUCAAGGAAAAGUAUUAGCUAUUGGACAUAGGAGAUUACCAUCAGAUAGCACAAGUGGAUAUCAUUCUACAGCCAGUUCUCAAGAAGAUACAAGGAGUCUUUCUGUAUCAAUUAUUCUUAGAAAACCAGAAAUUGUUUUAUUUGCCAAUCCAUUGGAUAUUAAUAGCCAAGUUUUAGUGCUUAAGACAGAUAUUAUGGUGGACUAUAGCAAGAAUAUGGGACAAGAUAAUAUAAUGGCAACUGUUGCAGGACUUCACAUUUUAUCCUGUACUUACAGUAAGAGAAAACAAACUUUAUGUACAGUUCUUUAUCCAUGUGAAGUAGAAUUUUCAAGAAGCCAAAGACUUUCAGAAGAUGAAAUCAAAAUGACAGCAAGUCUUAGUUGUGUUGAUUUACAUUUAUCAACUCCUAUCAUUUAUACUAUUCGAAAUGUGGUGGAAGAAUUGCUCUCUAAUAUUCAGAAUAAAGAUAGCAAGGAAAAAAUGACAAGUAAACAUGAAUAUAAGGAAUUACAGGAUCUAUGGUCACCAAAAGUAAUUACACCUAAUAAAUGGAUGGUUUACACAGGAAAUGAAAGUGAAAUUAUUCGUCCAUCAUAUCCAUCUACAAAAUCACAAGAAGUAUUGACUAUUAGUGUUCCAAAUCUUCAAAUAAUGUUUGAAGAAAUUAAUGGUAAAAGAAAAGUACCAAAGUUAUAUUUUAAAACAUCUUUAUAUUCUGAGAUUCAUAACUGGUCAAAACAGCCUUAUAUGAAAAUGGAACUCCAAUUGGAAUUUUUAUAUUUUAAUCAAAAUAUUGCUGUAUGGGAACCAAUAAUAGAACCAGUUAUGGAAUCAGAAAAUUAUUAUCGUCCUUGGGAAGUUUUAAUUAAGGUGUUUCAGGAUCACAGCAAUCCAAUCUUUUGUUCACAGACAGAUAGAGAUGCUAUCCUGUUGUCAGAUAUAGUUGAUAGUGAUACUAGAUCUUUAACUUCAAGAGUUGUAUCUGAUUCAUCAUCUGGAGAUAAUGAUGACACUGAUGAAGAAAUGGGAAUGACAGUAAUUAGACACCAUCCUGUAGCACGUCCAAAAAGAUUAGGAAGUGUAAAAUCUCAUGAUUCUGGUAGUCUUGUCGCAUAUCCUCCAGAUUCAGAUUCUGAAAAUGAAGAUGGAAUAUUAGAAAAAAUUGCUUCAACAUUUGGUCAUUUAUUUUCUGAUGAAAGUAGUGAAGAAUUAAGUGAUUCUGAUAAUCUGAAUGAUACAGAUGUUAAAUCAGAUUCUGGAGAAACUGAGACAGCUGAUAAUGAAGGAUCAAUUGAAGAACAUCCUGUAUUUAUUUCAUCUGGAAAAAACAAAGGUAGAAUGUAUGAGGAUGCUGUUGAUUCUAUCCUAAAUCAAAGAGUUGAAACUUUAGCAACUUAUGUUGUCAUUGAUUCAAAAGAUCAUUUAGAUAUUAAUUUUACUCCCACCGGUAUGAAAGUAAUUCAAGAAAUAAUUGAGGAACCAAUUGCAUGGCAUAAUCUGAAUGUUGAAGUGGAAGACAUUGCUGAAUUAGUGGAUUAUCCCGAUGGAGAACUAACAAAUGAAGAUUUAAUAGAGUUAGAAGCGAUGCAGUAUUUGGAAGAGUAA